AUGGAAGCGAAGGCCGGAGUUGCGACUGCGGACGCCGCAAUGCCGGCACUGGUGCUGACGCGUUCUACGCAUAGCGGUUUCGUGUUACUCUCAAGCUGCGUUGAGAAUGCAAAGAGGUUGUACUUUUGGGGCGUUCUUUGCGGGGAUAUGGUUGUUUCAGGUCAUAAUGAGGAUGCAAAGCUUAUAGACUUUGCAACUGGCGGCGUAGCAGGCUUUCUGGCGGACCUGGUCACGUACCCUUUUGAUCGACUGCGCACCAUCUUCAUCGUUUCCUCUAGGCAUACAAACAAUUGGGAUACUUUUAUUCAAGCGGGCGGGUUUAGAACCCUCUACCAGGGUUUCUCAACUGUUGCACUGUUCACGCUUCCGGUUCAUGGGGUUUACUUCGGGCUAUACGAGUGGACGCUGCGCAGGUUUCGAGGAAGUGAGCAGCGUUCCGGCGCCGCCGACACGCUAGCCGUACCUGUCGCUGGACUCGUCGCCGAACUGGGCACCGCACCUAUCUGGAACGUGCAAGAGGUCAUCAAGCAGCGCAUUCAAGCCCAGUCGUUGCAGAGACUUGUGCCAGGAAACGGCACCUUUCAGUCGCCAUGGCAGAUGUUUCGCCACAUUGUGCAGCAGGAAGGCCCGAGGGGUCUCUUUAGGGGCUUUUCCGCCGGCCUGCUUGUCUACGCUCCCUUUGCCUGCGUAUAUUUUUGGAUUUUUGAGCACGGACGAGAGCGUGGACGUGCGCCGCUCGUCAACGGAGUGUUAUCGGGAACCUGUGCAACAAUUGUUACACAUCCGCUAGAGGUACUUCGUACGCAUAUGGUUGUGAGCAAGUAUCCGCGAUCAGCGUGGUCGGUAGCUCUCGACAUUCAUCGCAGAUAUGGGAUUCGCGGCUUCUUGAAGGGUCUGGGUGCGCGUACGCUCUGGCUGGCACCCUCGGCAGCGCUUAGCCUCGCAUUUUACCAGCACCUGCAAGAAGUUUGGAAGGGUAACCCCCGUCCCAUGCUUAGUCGUGCGAUUUCUGAGCCAAAACUGCCCGGCUGUGAAAAUGCUAGAAUACGCCGGGGGCUCUCGUCGAAUCGGAACGGCUGA